CGCCAGGCUAACAGCAAGUUUUUUUUUUUCGGAAAUGUGAAUGAAUAUGUUUUUUCUCAAAGUCAAAUUUUGUCUUCGUGUUCCGAUGUGGAUACUCUGACCUUGUAGUACAAGAACUUGACCCAUAAACCUAAAGUCAAAGUAAUCUUGGUUACUUUUACUUCUUUCCCCUUUUCUUAUGAAAGUUACUUUUGUUCCCUACAAAUAGCCCCGGACGACUCGGAGACACCUUAAGUACGUUUAAUAUUACGACCCAACUACUUGAGAAUACAGAAUUUUCAUUUUGUCGCAACCACGCAAGACGUGUGCGCAUCGCGUGGAAACGAAGCAAGCCAAUCAUGUUUCCGCGCGCGUUGUCAAUCUUCGGCGCCUGUGCUUCGGUUGCUUUGGCGAAGACGUUGCUCGAUGAUACUAUUCAGACGGAGCAAGACGCGCGCGCGAGAUUGCAGCCAGUAUUCGGCACCUUAUCGAAGUUGGACGCUGCGGAUAUCGAGUAUUAUAAUAUGAUUGCACGACAUGGCGUCUCUUUCAUGAGACGCAUUAUGCAGUGGAAUAGCCGCUUUGUUGUUUAUGUUUUUGCAUACAUCAAUUCUGCUGCACCGUGAGCAUUUCUGUGAAUGCCUAAUUUUGUCCUGGUCGCAACAACAACACUAUGUAAUUCAUCACCUUUCAUCAGGUACGUGGUCCGGAACCACUUUUGGGACCUUGCUACGGAAAUCGUAGCCGAAUCGCACAAGCAGAGUGUGGAUCUUUCGUUUGCGGUGCGAAAAGCCGUGAAAGACGUCCGGAACAAAGCAGACGAGCUGAUUCGGUAUCUAAACCCAAAAUACCAUGAAAAGCAGAAAGUGGUUCCGGUUUUCCGCUGGGCUCAAAGCGACACGCACAUUUUUUUGACCAUCAAGUACAGCGUAAAAUGGGACGCACCAGGGGCUGUCAAUGUGAAAGAUCCGCAGGUAUUAUAUUCCUUUUGGGAAUAGAAAUAGUGUCCAAUAAGGAUAAGCCACAAUUCAAUCACAACAAGGAGGACCAAAGCCAUGAAAUACAUGCCACAGUGCGUUUGAUUCCUACACGUUUCUACUCCCGUGAGCUUUUCUCGAAGUAAAAUCUUCAUACCAGGUCGUCUUCAACGACAACGUUUUCUCGUUUACCGCGAGCGGCGAGCACAGUGGGAACAAGUACGAAUACUCGCUUAACCUCGAUUGCUUUGACGCGAUCGACGAGAGGGAUUCCACGUGGUCAGCGGCGAGCGUGGGCCGGUUCACGGCGAUCCUGGCAAAGAAACGCAUGCGUCGAUGGCCGCGACUGUUGCUGGACAAGAAGAAAAAGGGCACCGGGAGAAUGGACCUCACCAGACAAGAGGAGCUCGAUAAGGAAGAUCACGGGUAAGACUAAGAACUUACAUGAUCCUGCCUUCCCUUCGUCUGCUUGUGUUUCCUGAUGCUUGCCGCUUUCGAAUUACUCAAGGUCUGAACUAGUACACAAAUGAUCUUUGCAUUGAACAAUUUGAUUAUUCCAGGUCUGCGGUCGCGCACUCUGAAAAGACCUGCCUGGCACUAGAAAAGGUCUACUGCCCGACCAGUGACAAGUGCUUAGGCAACUGCACCACCUGCACGGACUGGGAUCAGCCGGUAGCGUCCGGAAACUACUGCAGCGGCCCACCAAAGGAUAAGCCGAUAAGUGUGCAGUUUACCGAUACAAAUAUGGACGUCGGAGUUAUGGACGGAGAGCUGAAGGUAUAGAAGAAUAUUGAAUAUAAUCUGCUCGCCUGGGAUUUCUAUCGGAGGUUUUUUUUCGUUUCAAUGUGAAUCUGUUAUUUAAUGAAACAAGCACGAACGGAACCGAAAUUCGCCAAAAAAAAUACACAAUCGGACGAUGACAUCAGAUCGAGCUGAAAGACACCUACCACGUCGAAAGCUUUGUGGUAAAGUACGGCCGUACCAUCACCGCCGACCGAAGUGCUGACAGCUUCUUGACGCUCGCGGAAGUUCCUGUAAACCGCUUGAGCAAAUACACGACAAAAUCGCUGGCUGGAUUGAAGCCUCUGGAAUACAUGGCACACGAUGAAGAAAUGUAUUUCGCCGUGAUGUGAUUUUCAUUUUCUUCCCGCGAAAGUUUAUGUGUCGCAGAUUGGAUUCAUUAUGAACGCACCACGCACUGAGCACAAAAAUGCGUUUUUGUUUAUGGUCAACUUGAGGGACUUGCGCAUUUCGCACAAAGACACCGUCUCAACUAUGCGAGUGAAAUUAUCGUGCCAAUAUUCAGGGCCUUUGCUGUGUACCCGAAAAAUUCCUUCGGCGUGCUGCAAAACGCGACCUUUAAAACUGUGGAGGACGCGUAUGUGCCGAAAGAGGGGCCGAUAGCAGUGAAAUUUGCCGACACCAAUGGCGACCCGCAAAAGCUGUCCGGUGAGGUCGAAAUCGUAACCCCCGUGGACCCCACGAUCAAAGAAAUUGCGCUCUACUUUGGUACUCGAUGUUUGAUUUGCAGUCCAGUAGAAGAAGAAAGAAAAACUUUGAAAAUUUUUUGGGCAUGCUUUUGCAAGAGCUGCCAAUCCUCCUGUUUUAUGUGUAUCGCUUCUUUAUUUUGAUCGUUUCCAGAAGUCGCAGCCGCGUGGAUUUUACCUUUAGCAUUGCCAAGACACGAUAUCACAUCACUGCAAAUACCAAAAAAACAGGAAAGAAAGCAAAGAACGGCAAAGUGACGCGGACCAACAACGAGUCCUACAUAACGGCAGUGACGGCACUAACGGACGGCAGCACGACCAAAUAUGUUAUGACGGACAAAGCAAUGCCUACGGGCGCCACCGGAAUUAUUGCCUACAGUAAAAACACGUGGGGCGAGAAUCGGGAUGCCUUUAUCUACAUCGACAUAGUGGAUGCGCAAAAGCCGUGCUCAGGUAUUUUCAAUUCAAUACAGGUUUGCCUAUGCUAUUGCUAGUAGAGUAUUGCUUGUGCUUGUCGUCAUUCACCAAAUUAAGUAUCUUUGCGAUGCGCAUUCUCGUAAGAAAGCCGUGUUUUAGGAGCGACACCGAGCAAGUCUCCCGCAGUCUUUUUCUUCUUUUGGUUUGUUGCGUCAAUCGUGGCCAGACCCCGUGGUUGGUUCUUUUCUAUCAGCUGUGACCAAAAACAGACGACAACAAAAAAUGGGCUGUGCUGACGUUCGCAGUGUUGAUUAUGAUACUACCGUGGCGGGCGCUCGAGAAACGACAACGCGUUGUCGCCAUUUCCGCAACAGCAGGGCUUGCCGCGAUUUUGAGCUACUAUCUCUUUCCCUGACUCGCCUGUCGCGAGCGCGAAGAGGAAGACAAAACGUUCUACUUCAUCACGACGGAAACUUCGAGGCAAAAAUUUUAUAAUAAGCGCUACAUCCACAACACCUCCACGACGUUCUACUUCUCGCUCGUCCGCCAUCAUCUUCGCCCGAGGUGGUAUCAUAAUCAACUUUGGAUUUGGAGGGAUCUUUUUCCUGAUGCGAAAUCGGCACAGCAGCAGCUUCACUUGCGUCGACCACGACGUCCUCCUUGGGGGUCAAACAUGAUUUUUCCCGUUCUUGUUUGUCUCCCUCGUUGUUUCCCCGCCCCCGCUCUUGGUGAAAGAUCUCGGUCGUUUUGCCAGAGUGGAUCCAAAUUGCACGACGCACGACGACAGCUGAAGAUAAAUUUGUGAACUGAAACGUUUACCAGGUAGCGACCGAGCAAAGAGCACUGACUGCCCCCCGAAAGUGAAAGCCAUCACUGAAGAUGCUGCGUCUGAGGCCAACUACAUCACCGUCGCAAUGGAUUACGAAAAACCGUUCCCAAAGAACGUGCAAGUCGCCGUUUACCUGAGUACGGACAAGACGUGCCACAAGGCCUCCAACUACAAGCUCAUCCCGGAAGAGAAACUGGAGAAAAAGGAAGCGACGCUCUUGCUGGACCGGGCGGAGCUGAACGGGGACGGGGAGUCGUGGCGAUACACGCAUUUGGCCACGUUUACGAAAAACGAGUUCGGCACGUCCAAAUUCUGUUCGAGCAUUCCUUUUAAAGACGUCGGCGCUCCCUCGGUCGACGAGGCGGAGGACCCAGCUGCUUCAGAACCAAAAAAGGAACUGUGAGCCCCCGCACCACGACCUCCGAGAGCAAUGCGCAUCGGGAUCUUCUGUCAUGCUCAUGUCGCUCCCAUCCACGGGCAACUUCAGUUCGAGUAGCGCUUGUUGGUUCCGAGUCGGAUUUUUCCAAGAAGACAAAACCAAGAGACAUGGAACUCUUACCAAGGACAGCCAGAAAAUAAACACGUAAGUACGCGAAAAAGUUUAAGUUAUGCUUCAAGCAAUAAAGUUAAAAUUGCUUGUUGUAGUACUGAAGGAAAAUAACGAGCUACGUUGAGGUACCCCCUCGAUGGCACUUCUACCCCGAAGACUGAGCCGUCAGCGCAGGCGCUUCAGAGAAACCUAUACAUCGAAGUAAAUUUUCCAACCCGACGAUUCAUUCACGACGAAAUCAAUAGCGACACAGUUAUUAUGAAGAAACAGAACAAAAGUAAUCGUGGACAAUGUUGACCACGUACCACGCAGCUAAACGCGUUAUCUUUAUCGCACACCACGUGACCACAUCAGCAGUGCCAGUCGUUCACUCGCUGAGGCUGUGUUGGAUUCAACAAAAACAGGAAAAUCGAUCCUAAAUAGUCGGUAAAUUAUGAUAGUGCUUAUUCGGAAUGCAUUUGUGGACCCAUAAAGCAAGAUCAUAAUUUCUCGCUUUGUUACGCGAUCUCAUUUCGUG